UGGCAGGUCCAGAUUUAUUCAAAACCUCCCAAAUAUUUUGUUUUUUUUGGAUGUUAAAUGCAGGCUAGCGGCAGCUUGGAAAUCUGGGGGCAAACCCAUGUGCGUCCUCGCACCCCACCUGUUCGGUCAAUUGCCUGAAAGACGUCAAACGCAUAAAAAUUUGUACAAAAAUGUAUAAACAAAUUUAUGGCUUUUCUAGGCUUCAAACCAUUCACACAUACCUUACCUUACCUUACCACACAACAACAACUAAGCACAAUUAUUGGGAUUGAAUAAAUUGACCAAUGAAAUACCUCUUAGCCAUAUCUCUUUCUUAAAUACUUUUUCAUUCAUUCAUUCAAUCAAUCAUUCUUUGCAAACCCAGACUUGUUUUGAGAUUUGAGCUUCUGGGUUUUGCUCAUCUCCACUCGUUGCCUAAUGGGUCAUAUCAAUUCCUUUUCUUUGCUUUGCCUUUUUUCUCUUCUUUUAUUAGGAGCUUGUUUUGGUGAUGAUUCAUAUCAAGAUCAAGAGAAAGACGGGAUCAUUGAAUUGCCUGGACAACCCAAGAACGUGGGGUUCAAUCAAUACUCUGGUUAUGUCACUGUCAAUAGAAAAUCUGGUAGAGCAUUGUUUUACUGGCUCACCGAGUCGCCGGUGAGUCGGAGACCCGAGUCAAGGCCACUCGUUUUGUGGCUCAAUGGUGGACCCGGUUGCUCCUCCGUCGCUUAUGGAGCGGCGGAGGAGAUUGGACCUUUCCGCAUUAGGCCUGAUGGGAAGACCCUUUACUUAAAUCCUUAUUCUUGGAACAAUGUGGCGAAUUUGUUGUUCCUUGAGUCUCCAGCUGGUGUUGGCUUUUCAUACUCCAAUACGACAUCGGAUUUGUACACUGUAGGUGACCAGAGAACAGCGCAAGAUGCAUACAUAUUUCUUCUACAUUGGUUUGAGAGGUUCCCACAAUACAAGCACAGAGAUUUCUAUAUUGCUGGAGAAAGUUAUGCAGGUCAUUUUGUUCCUCAACUAUCUCAACUUAUUUACGAAGGAAACAAGGGAAUUCAGAAUCCUGUAAUCAAUUUCAAGGGAUUUCUGGUGGGAAAUGCUGUGACUGAUGAUUACCAUGAUUUUAUUGGGACAUUUGAGUACUGGUGGACCCACGGCUUGAUCUCUGAUUCUACCUACCGAGUGCUACGAAAGGUCUGUGAGUCUGGAUCCUCACAGCAUCCAUCAUUGGACUGUAUGAGUGCUCUUGUUGUUGCUGAGAGGGAGCAGGGAAACAUCGAUCCGUAUAGCAUUUUCACAAGGCCUUGCAAUAAAACUGGAUCGCUAAACCGCAACUUAAGGGGUCAUUAUCCAUGGAUGUCCAGAGCAUACGAUCCCUGUACUGAGAGGUAUUCCAACGUAUACUUUAAUCUUCCAGAAGUUCAGGAGGCAUUUCAUGCCAAUGUAACUAGGCUUCCUUAUCCAUGGAAAACAUGCAGUGAUAUUGUGGGAAACUACUGGGCAGAUUCUCCACUAUCUAUGCUUCCCAUUUAUAAAGAACUCAUUGCGGCUGGUCUCAAAAUAUGGGUAUUCAGUGGAGACACUGAUGCAGUAGUUCCAGUGACUGCAACAAGAUACUCCAUAGAUGCUCUGAAGCUACCAACUGUUACCAACUGGCACCCAUGGUACGAAAAUGGCAAGGUUGGUGGCUGGAGCCAAGUAUACAAAGGGCUGACAUUUGUUACGAUAACCGGAGCAGGACACGAGGUUCCUCUUCAUCGCCCUCGUCAGGCAUUUAUUCUUUUCCAAUCAUUUUUGGAGAACAAGCCCAUGCCAAUGGCAGGGAAAAGACUAAAUAAGAGAAGCAUUCCUCUCGAGUGUUGCUCCAUUCUUGCCCCGAGCAGUGCCGCUUUACAGUUUUAGUCUGCAGACUGCUUUCUGGAUCUCCUGUAUGAGGAGACUGCAGGAAUUAGUUAUAGUUAGAGUUUAUAUUUUGCAUUUAUAGGAUGUAAAAAGGUUGCAGGGAAAUAAUUAUUUAUAGGCUUCUAUUUGGUGGAAGGAGGGCAAGAUUUAUAUUGUCAUAAUAAGUGAAACUGAAAGUGUAAUUGUUCCUGUGGAACCUAUUCUUUAUAGCAGUUCCAAUCUGCUCUCAUUUUUACCUGUGUGCUGUGGCCAUAGAGUAACAAUUAAAUUCGAGAGGCAGUAGUGCUAUAGUUAUGUUAGGAUCCUGGUUGAGUUAUACAUUGUUAAA